AUACGAUUAUGAAAAUAAAUUGAUUAUUUUGGAUAAACCUAUGUGGAAGUGUUUGUUUAUUUUCUCAUAUUAAACUUAAUCUAUGCAACCUAUUAAUGAUAGUAAUUCAUUUAAAUAAUCAGUUUAAUAGCUUCUAUGUUCACUUUAAUAUAAUUUUGCUUUUCGCGUUAACAACAGUAAAAUCGUGAUUUCUUAUCGAGUUGAAGUAGUUACAAUAUGAUGAAGCCUGUUAAAAGUUUCUUAGACAUUCCAACCUUAAAAAGUUGGCCUUUGCUCGAUCAUACUUAUUUAUUUUUACCAGGCGGAAAAUACAAAUCCGAGCGGUUAACAGAAGCUGUAAAAGACAUUAGUAGUAAAUUAGGUCCUAUAUUUCGUCUAAAAUUAGGUGGUACUGACAUGGUCAUAACAACAAACGCCGAUGAUACUGAAACCCUUUUUCGAAAUGAGGGUAUCCGACCAGUAAGACCAUCUUUUCCCGCUCUUUAUCACUACAGACAAAAAUGCUUUCACAGCGUAGGUGUAGUACCUGCCGUAGGUGAAGAAUGGUACAAGUUUAGAACCGGUGUAAAUCCGCUAUUAAAAAAUAGUAUUACAGAUUUUUAUAUAAAGGAGCAUGAAGACGUGGCGAAAAAUUUUGUCAGAUACAUUCACAACGAAAUCGGGGAUGAUAAUAUGUUGAGGGAUGUUGUCGAACAUGUUUUAAAAUUUGCUAUAGAAGCCAUUUCUGUUGUUUGUCCUGGUUAUCGACUGAGUUGUACUUCAGAGACUACUAGUGAACAAACUGAAAAAAUUAAAAAUGCUAGUAAGGAUUUCAUGGAAGGAAUUUAUAAGACCAUGAUAGGUCCUAGUUUAUGGAAGUGGUUUGAAACUCCUGCUUAUAAACAAUUGAGAUCUUCGCACGAACUUAUUUAUAGUACCCUGAAGAUUUUCUUGAAUGAUUUAAAAAAGGUAUAUAUCAACAACCCAGAUCAUUUGAAAGAGACACAGCCUUACAUGUAUACACUUUUCCAUAACAAACAUCUUUCUUCCGAAGAUUGUAAUAUGUUAGCAAUCGAGGUUUUUUUAGGAGGAAUUGAUACUACUGCUACAGUUACUGCACUUACACUUUUUUAUCUAGCUCGAGAUAAAGAGGUACAAGAAACAGCCAGAAAGUCAAUUUGUAGAAAUGAAUAUCUUAAAGCAUGUAUUAAGGAAACACUGCGUUUAUCACCAACAGCUGGGGCUAAUGGCAGAAUUACAGCUAAGGAUACUGUAAUAGGAGGUUAUUUAGUCCCGAAAAAUAUUCUGGUAUCUGCGUUUAGUUCUGUAACAUCUUGUAGUGACCAAUAUUUUGAGAAAGCUAACGAAUACAAUCCGGAUAGAUGGUUGAGGUCCUCAAAUCGAUCAUUCCAUAAGUUCGCGUCUCUACCUUUUGGUUAUGGUCCCAGGAUGUGUCCCGGUAAAAAAAUAGCUGAAAAUGAGAUUGCAGUGCUACUAAAAGAAAUACUGAAUAAUUUUACUUUGGAUGUAGAAGACAAAAGUGAUAUAAGGAUGGUAUAUCGAAUGAAUAGGAUUCCUGAUAGACCAAUUGAUAUAAAGUUUUUGAAAAGAGAAAGAUGAAAAACUUGGAGAUUUUUUGAUAUAAUAAGGACAAGACUCGAAGAUCUUUAAAGAUUUAUAGUUAAUAUGGCAACAACGGUAUGAAAAUUAGGAAAAAUUAUGUUCAUAAACGAAAGGAGUAAGUAGAAAUCGCUAAAUAUUUAUUACCUCAUUGUACAACAAUACAUAAUGUCUUAAUUUACAAUUUUUAUAUACAAAUUCUUUAAAUGUUUCACUAGCUUACAAUAUUUAUAUAAAUUUUGUACAAUAAAAUUUGAUUUUUAAAGCUUA